AUAUUAUGUGUCCUCGCACUUGUGCAGGUAGAGAUUCAGCUGCUCUUACACGCGAAGUUUGGGAAGAUUGAACGCAAGUCUGGUUGAACUCCCAAACAAAGCAACUCGGUGAACAGCUUGGAUUUUCUUCUUCUUCUUCUUCGUCCUCUGCUUAUUAUUAUUAUUAUCUUCUCCUCUAAACUUGUCUGUGAGCGAAGGACUUGUGAUCAUGAAGCUGGAGGUUUUCCGCGGCGCGCAUCUCCACGCAAAAGCACCGGAGACGUGCAGCGACGCCGAGACCAGCGUGCCGUCUCCGCUCUCCGGGGAAGACGAAUUAGGAUCAGAUGGCGACUGCGCAGCGCACAGCCCGUGCGCACCUGUCGCGUCUUCCGCCGUCAUGUCCUCUGCAGCAGCGCGCAUCGAGGGUAAGGACAAGGGCAAGCCGUACACGCGCAGACCAAAGCCGCCGUACUCGUACAUCGCCCUGAUCGCCAUGGCCAUCCGUGACUCCAGCUCGGGCCGCCUGACGCUCGCCGAGAUCAACGACUACCUCAUGCGCAAGUUCCCGUUCUUCCGCGGCACGUACACGGGCUGGCGCAACUCGGUGCGCCACAACCUGUCGCUGAACGACUGCUUCCUGAAGGUGCUGCGCGACCCCUCGCGCCCCUGGGGCAAAGACAACUACUGGAUGCUGAACCCGCACAGCGAGUACACGUUUGCCGACGGCGUGUUCCGGCGACGCAGGAAGCGCAUCGGCAAAAAAGCGGGCCGGGAGCAGGACGAGAGCGCAAACCGAGCCUCCACGGACUCUACAAAUGCGCCCUCGGCCUCAACCAAGUUCACAAGCCCGUUCGCCAUCGACAGCAUCUUGAGCCGACCUUUCCGUAAAAGGGAGCAGCCGGAGCACUGCGUGCCAGAGGACGUCGCUGCGGCCACUUGGCCUGGGCGCGCCCCCGUUCCGUCGCCUUACGUCACGCGCGGCGCACCACUUCACGCGAUGGUCGAUGCGAGCGCAGCGGUGCACACACUCCGCGCCUACGGCAUGAUGGGCGUCGCGUUUGAGGACUUGGCCGCCGGGGUGCGGCAUGACAGAGACUUUCUCAGCGUUCCACUGGGCUCAGAGUCCCGAGUUCCGGUCCCGAGGGUCACACCGACCAACGCGUCCACCAAAGUCAGAGCCUUUCACCCUUUUCAAAUAGACUACUUAUUAUCCUAAUGGCGCGCAGGACAAUGUUUUCUUUGGCACUUUAUACGUACUGUACUUGUUUAUGGACUUUAAACUUAAAUACAUUUCAUCAAGAAGUUGCCGCCAGUGGACUCUGGAACUUUGGUAGGCUAUAAAAUGGAGUAAACGCACAGAUACAGGGGAUGAUUCUGCCCUGUCAGUAAAUAUUGUUGUAUAAUAAUGUUAAGUCGUGUAUUUAUGAUGUGCUGUUGGUCAUUCCUGUGUGUUUUGCUCGUUCGGAAUGUUGCUGAAAUCGGGAUUUUGCCUCAGCUGAAAUAUCACUUUGCUUUUGCUCUGUCGUCUUUAAAAGCAAGGACACUGACAGCAAUGUUGUUGUUGUUGUUGUUGUUGUUGUUGUU